ACGGGGCUGUUUGCUCAGCGCCGCCGGCACCGGGGCCGCCUAUAAAGGGGCGGCUGCGGGCGGCGGGGGCAGACCGGGAGCGGCACGGCCGGACCCCGAGCACACGGCGGCAGCAGCAGCCACAGCCACAGCGGGUCCCGGCUCCCAGCCCCCAGCCCUCCCGUUCUCCGGUCCCGUUCUCCGCUGCCCCCCCCAUGCCGCUCUGCCCGGUGCCGCCGCCGCCCCGCGAAGCCGCCCGGGGCCAGAUCAGCGCCGCGGCCGCCGGCGCCCUCCCGGCCCGUGUGAAGGUGGUGGAGGUCGGGCCCCGCGACGGGCUGCAGAACGAGCAGAGCAUCGUGCCCACGCAGGUGAAGAUCGGGCUGAUCGACAUGCUGUCCCACACCGGGCUGCCGGUCAUCGAGGCCACCAGCUUCGUGUCGCCGCGCUGGGUGCCCCAGAUGGCCGACCACACUGAAGUCAUGCAGGGGAUCAAGAAGUUGCCUGGUGUCAGUUACCCCGUGCUGACCCCGAACCUGAAAGGAUUUCAGGCAGCGGUGGCAGCAGGGGCCAAGGAGGUGUCCAUCUUUGGAGCAGCGUCUGAGCUCUUCACCAAGAAGAACAUCAACUGCUCCAUAGAGGAGAGCCUGGAGAGGUUCAGUGAAGUGAUGAGUGCUGCACGAGCUGCCAGCAUUCCCGUCCGGGGAUAUGUUUCCUGUGUCCUUGGGUGUCCCUAUGAAGGGAAGAUUUCUGCAGCUAAAGUUGCAGAGGUCUCCAAGAAGAUGUACUCAAUGGGGUGCUACGAGAUCUCCCUCGGUGACACCAUUGGCAUCGGGACCCCGGGGAGCAUGAGGGAGAUGCUGACGGCGGUCAUGAAGGAGGUGCCAGUGGGGGCUCUCGCUGUCCACUGCCACGAUACCUACGGGCAGGCUCUUGCCAACAUCUUGGUAGCACUUCAGAUGGGUGUGAGCGUGGUCGAUGCUUCUGUUGCUGGUCUUGGAGGCUGCCCCUAUGCCAAGGGAGCAUCAGGAAACGUUGCUACAGAGGACCUGGUGUACAUGCUGAACGGCCUGGGCAUCCACACGGGUGUGGACCUGCAGAAGCUGAUGGACACGGGAACGUUCAUUUGCAACGCGCUGAACAGGAGAACCAACUCCAAGGUGUCCCAGGCGUCCUGCAGGCUGUGAGGCGGGACCCGGCGUGGCCCCGGAGCCGGCCGAGCCUCCCGUGUGUGCCGCUACCUCUCCUCCGUGUGCCUUGGACUCAGCAGAGAGCAGCCGCUGGGCGCUGCGACGGAACGGGCACGGGCAUGGACAUGGACACGGGCACGGGCACUGCCCCGCUGCGCCCUCAGCACGCCCGGUGGGCCGGGACGGCCCCGCCCUGCCUCAGGGGGGGGAACGGGCCCAGGGCCCGGCCCCAGGCAGGCCUCCUGGUGCCCGCAGCGCGGGGCCGAGCCCUGCUGAGGCGCCUCCGGGCCCGGGCACCCCGCGGCCUCCCUCAGGCUGCACGGGAAGGACCGGGGGGGGUUGGGGCAGGGCCCCGCUGUGCGCGGUGUUUGUGGCAAUAAAAAGCCCCGGGAUCCCCGCGGGGCCGCCCCCG